CGCGCCGCCGCCGGCCGUUCCAACAUGGUCGUCGUAAAUGCGCGCCAAAACGAAUUCCAUUUUCAAAAGUUUGCGUUGAUUCGAAAAUCAAAUAGUUAACAGUGAUGUUCCAAUCAAAUUAUGAUUACCAAAGAUUUUGCUCAAUAUGAAUAAUUUAAAAUGGUCGCGAAAUCGAUGUUUAAAAAAUGCUUGCUGUUUGCUGUGAUAUUUUUGAUGUGCACAUGUGAAGGGAGGAGGAAAAUUAAAAGAAAAGUGGAGAGUUUUAGUGAUGUGUCUAACUCGCUUAAAUGGAAUGUCAAAAAUUCGAGUGACGUUGAAACUUCGCGCGGAUUUUUCCCGCCAGGUGGCCUCUUCACCCUCGGCAAGGUCCUAAAUUUCUUCCCCGUUGGCGGUGAGCGUGAAUGCCGUCCGACGGGCUACAAGACUGCCCGGGCCGGGAUCUGUCUGAACCCGUACGACUGUCGGCAGAGAGACGGACAGAGCGCCGGCGACUGUGCACACGGGUUAGGAGUUUGUUGUGUGUUCGAAGUAUCCUGCGGCGGAGUGGUCCAGAACAACCUAACGUACUUCAUCUCCCCUGGAUUCCCGGAACUCUGGACGGGGGAAAAAGACUGUAGCGUCACUGUGGAGAAAACACAUGCCGGAAUCAUGCAGUUGAGGAUUGACUUCGUACACUUUACUAUAGGCCAACCCAACCGGCUGACAGGAGAGUGCGACGAGGAUGCCAUGAUAGUGGGCGAGGGAGACAACGAAUUCAGGGUCUGCGGACAAAACCAUGGACAGCACAUAUACUACACGCUACCAACAGACAGCGAAAAACGCGACUCCGACGACGAACUACCCUCAUCAGCGUCGACCAAAAUCACAGUGCGCAUGCGCGGGACUGACAUGCCUAGACUUUGGCUGUUACGGCUUGCGCAGAUGCCACUGGCACACUCAGCACCGCAUGACUGUAGGCAGUAUUACACCGGGAAUAAUGGCACAAUAAGGACCUUCAACUACGCCGUGAAUGGAAGGCAUUUGGCAAACCACGAGUACAGAGCGUGCAUAAGGAAGAAUUCUGGGAUGUGUUCUGUCAGAUACUCGCCGUGUGACAACCGGUCGUUUAGGAUAGGAGGAGCGCAGCAGUUAGAUGCCUACAUAAGCUUGGAGCCGGGCCCGGGUGGCCUUGGGGGCGCGGGUACCGGCUUCUACGGGCCUGAUGGGGCCUACUUGGGCCCUGGGGCCCCCACCACUCCUGUGUCGGACCUCAUGCCAGCGGACACUAUGAAUGAUGUGGUGGGAGACGAGAUGAUGCCAGUAAACGAGGUGCAGACUCAAGAAGACGAGAUGGAAGGUUCUGGAGCUGAUCCUCAGAUCGCACCGGGUGUGCAGGCUACUCCCGCACCCAGUAUGGCUUCCAGGAUCUGGAGCUAUAUCUGGCCUUCCUGGCUCUGGCAGGCCCGCACACUGUCCUGGCAUUGGUCUCCCUACGCUCAGCACUUCGCGUUGCCAGAAGAUGACAAAAUCCGGUACAACGGGUACGGGAAGUUUGGAGAAGGACUCCAGGGGGGAUAUGGGAGGCUACGCUGUAAGGACAGGAUCACGAUUCCGUGUGAGAACGAGUAUUUUGUCUCGAGCUCCAUCCUGAUGUCCGGCGUUUGCGACCCCCACCACUGUGGGUCCUCUUUCUGCCCACAUAAAAAUCCACGGGAAUGCCACGUCGACACCUCCAUAACGCCUUUCGCAGUAUCAGUGCACUUUGGCCAACCUUCUCGGAAGCCAAACCCAGAGGAGAACAUAGGUGCAUGUUUGAGGUAUACGCAAAUGCCUUGCGAAGCAUGAUGUCUAUUUGCGACAUCCCAUCGCUGUGUCUUCUUCUAUCUAAAUAGAAGCCCUAGAGACUGAAACGUCGACACCUUCAUAACACCUUUUACAAUAUCUGAAAUCUUCGGACCACCAUCUCUGAACAUAGGCGCUUGUUUGAGG